AACAGUUUAUUAUUGUUGAUUGUAUUUCAAAGUAAAUUCGUGAUGUUAAAAUUAUAAAAGUAUAUAGAAACUAUUAGAAAAUAUGUCAGAAUCUUACGAUUAUUUAUUUAAAUUUCUUGUUAUUGGGAAUGCAGGUGCUGGAAAAUCAUGCUUACUUCAUCAAUUUAUCGAGAACAAAUUUAAAGAAGAUAGUAGUCAUACAAUUGGUGUAGAAUUUGGAUCAAAAAUAAUAAAUGUCGGUGGUAAAUCAGUAAAAUUACAAAUAUGGGAUACAGCGGGACAAGAACGAUUUCGUUCUGUAACCAAAUCAUAUUAUCGCGGUGCUGCGGGUGCACUGUUGGUCUACGAUAUUACAUCUCGUGAUUCAUUUAAUGUAGUGAGUACUUGGUUACGUGAUGCACGUCUUCUAGCCAGUCCAGGUGUUGUAAUUUUAUUAAUUGGUAAUAAAAAAGAUUUAGAUGUGGAGCGACAAGUUACGUUUAUAGAGGCAUCACAAUUUGCACAAGAAAAUGAAUUAAUGUUUCUUGAAACAAGCGCAAAAACAGGUGAAAGCGUUGAAGAAUCAUUUUUAAAAUGUUCAAAAACAAUUCUAGCAAAAAUUGAAUCAGGUGAAUUAGAUCCAGAUCGUACCGGAUCUGGUAUACAAUAUGGAUCACAACCAAAAACGUUAAAUGUGAAUACAAGUGGCGAUAAUCGUAAUAAAUUAUUUACACCAGAUUGUAUAUGUAACACAUAUUAAUUAUA